AUGUUGACGCUUUUAUCUAAAUACGACGAUCCUAAAGAUUCAUUCGGACUUUUACAGUUAAAAGGAGUAGGCGAAAUCAAAUACGAUGUUUCCAUGAGUAUUCCUAAAUGCAAAAUCUGCGGUUGUCAAGAAUUUCCUAUCAAAGGAGAUGAACAACUCUGCAAAUGCCCAAUUUGUUAUCCAAACGAGGAUUAUGUUGAUCAAAUUGUAAAAUUAUCAGGAGAAAUUAACGAUGCACAGCAUUAUUUUUUCAUUUUUGAUACUUCAUACAAAAUGAGUUAUAUUAUCAAGCAAUUAAUACAAUUAUCAAGCAUCAUGGGAGACGAACAGACAGUUACUAUUAUCGGGAUUUCAAAUCUCACAACAAUAAUUUAUAAAAGUGAUUUAGGAGUGGCAACUCUAUUUACUUUCAAAGAUAUGAGCGAGUUUAAGACCAGUAAAUUAUAUGCUGUUAACAAAAAGACUCUAAUUGAUACAAUUAUCCCUGGAAUGCCAACAAUUUUCAACAUAACAAGAAAUCAAGAGACAGGACAAGCCAUUAAUUUAACUCAUGUUGUCGAUUUACUUACGAAAUUCACUUUUAUACCUUGCUACAUUGCUUUAUUCUACAUUCGUCGCGAAUCUGCAAUAAUUACAUCAGAUGAAGCCUUAGAUCUUGGUAGUAAUAUCAGCCAAGGUGAUAAGAACAUUAUUCAUUUCAUUGCUGAGAAAGGAUUCAAAAGAUUAACUGCAAUUGCCAGAGUUUCAGGCGGAAUUGUUGUUAAACCUGUUAGAAAGGAUAAAACAUUCGUAAGGAAUCUUAUUAAUGUCUCUUCUCGCUCUCUUGUUAAGUUAUUUGUUCCGAAAUCUGUCAAACUCGUUGUUUCUACAAACGAAUUCGCUUUCAAACAGAAAUCACAGUACUCAAAGUAUGUAACCUCUCAAAUUCGCGGUUUGGCCUGUCUUUUCAAAGUCCAACAAAUUAAUGAAAAAUCUUCCAUUAAUAUUGUCGAAAUAAGCGAAACAGCAGUUGGAAAAUGCAUGGUAUUGCAUCGCCAUAAGAUUGAUGCUCCAGAAAACCAGCAAUUACAGAGAGAAAUGAAAAUGAAACUUGCAGUUUACAAAGUACUCAAAACAGCGUGGCAGGGUGAUAAUAUUUUGAAAUUAAUGCAAAGUUUGAUCACUGACGAUAUGAAGAAAGGAACAGCAAUUGAUAAUUACGGAGUUAAUCCUGAUGAAGACAUUUAUUCACUCUAUCAAGUCCUAACUAAGGUCGGAUAUGUUUAUAAUUCAUAA